AUGCCGCCGCAUUCCCUGGGAAUCGCCCGAUGCCUGGGCAGGUCUGCAACUCCACGGUCCGUCGCAAUUCCAACCACUUCAUCAAGGCUGAAGCCAGCAAGGCACUUACAUGUGCUGCGCGGAGUUCGCAUCCAACCGGCUCUGGCACCAACACCACGCUCCAUUUACCAAGCGCCGCAUGAAUUAGGCUGCCGCUAUGCGUCUACAGGCACGCCUUCCGAAGCUCCUGGUAACGCAUCUACAAAGAUCACUGGAGGCCCCGACAUAACCACCUACUACUCCAUCUUCCCGCGGACAAUUCCCGCAGGCCCACCGCCAGCCUCCCCAUUCGAGAUCUCUUCGAGCGAUCUCCGCCGUGAGUUUUUACAGCUCCAAGGCACAGUUCACCCGGACAAAUACCCAAGCGGAGAAGAGAAGCAACACGCCGAAGCGCUAUCCGCCCGCAUCAACGAAGCAUACCGCACGCUCGUCGACCCUCUGCAGCGCGCUCAAUACCUUUUGCGAGAGUGGCACGGCAUAGAUGUCACGGCUGAAGACGCGUCAACAAAGCAUGCUCUCGAUCCAGAAACUUUGAUGGAGGUCAUGGAAGUACAGGAGACCAUCGAAGAGGUAGGCGCCGCGCCAGAGGCGGAAGCGGAAAUCGAGGUCCUGAAAAAGGAUAAUGAUGCACGUAUCAAGGCAUGUGUGGAAGCUCUUGGAAAGUCAUUUGACAAGGGAGAUAUAGAAGCUGCACGAAAGGAAUGCAUUCGGCUGCGCUUCUGGUACAGUGUUGGCGAAGGAUUGCGUGAAUGGGAGCCUGGGAAGACCGAGAUCCGCUUGGUCCAUGGCAGCUAA